AUGGCAGAGCUGCCAGUGUCCGAGACGCCCAGGGACCCUGCUCUUUGCAGUGGGCGCUUCACAAUCAGCACGUUGCUGGGGAGCGAAGAACCCCCCCCACCAGCCGCCUAUGACAGCAGCCACCCCAGCCACCUGACCCACGGCAAUACCUUCUACAAUCGCACCUUUGGCUACAACACUAUCGAUGUGGUGCCCGCCUAUGAGCACUAUGCCAACAGCGCCCUGCCCGGCGAGCCCCGAAAGGCCCGGCCCACGCUGGCCGACCUGCACUCCUUCCUUAAGGAAGGCAGCCACCUGCAUGCCCUCGCCUUUGACAGCCGGCCCAGCCAUGAGAUGACUGAUGGGCUGGUGGAGGAUGAGGCAGGUACCAAUGGCGAGAAGAACCCCGAGGAGCCCGUGCGCUUUGGCUGGGUCAAAGGGGUGAUGAUCCGCUGCAUGCUCAAUAUCUGGGGUGUGAUUCUCUACCUGCGGCUCCCCUGGAUUACCGCCCAAGCGGGCAUUGUCCUGACCUGGAUCAUCAUCCUGCUCUCCGUCACCGUGACCUCCAUCACGGGCCUCUCCAUCUCCGCCAUCUCUACCAACGGCAAGGUCAAGUCAGGUGGCACCUACUUCCUCAUCUCCCGGAGUCUUGGCCCAGAGCUAGGCGGCUCCAUUGGCCUCAUUUUUGCUUUCGCCAAUGCCGUGGGCGUGGCCAUGCACACCGUGGGCUUCGCAGAGACUGUGCGGGACCUGCUGCAGGAGUAUGGCUCACCCAUCGUGGACCCCACCAAUGACAUCCGCAUCAUCGGCGUGGCCACCGUCACGGUUCUGCUGGCCAUCUCUCUUGCUGGCAUGGAGUGGGAGUCCAAGGCCCAGGUGCUCUUCUUCCUCGUCAUCAUGGUCUCGUUUGCCAACUAUCUGGUGGGGACGCUGAUCCCCCCAUCUGAGGAGAAGGCCUCCAAAGGCUUCUUCAGCUACCGAGCGGACAUUUUUGUCCAAAACUUGGUGCCUGAAUGGAGAGGCAUGGACGGCAGCUUCUUCGGGAUGUUUUCCAUCUUCUUCCCGUCGGCCACAGGUAUCCUGGCAGGAGCCAACAUCUCUGGGGACCUCAAGGACCCUGCAGUAGCCAUCCCCAAGGGAACACUCAUGGCCAUUUUCUGGACCACAGUCUCCUACCUGGCCAUCUCGGCCACCAUCGGCUCCUGUGUGGUUCGAGAUGCCUCUGGGGGGCUGAAUGACACGGUGACCCCUGGCUCAGGCGCCUGCGAGGGGCUGGCCUGUGGCUAUGGCUGGAACUUCACCGAGUGCGCCCAGCAGCACAGCUGCCGCUACGGCCUCAUCAACUACUACCAGACUAUGAGCAUGGUGUCGGGCUUUGCACCCCUGAUCACAGCCGGCAUCUUUGGGGCCACCCUCUCCUCUGCCCUGGCCUGUCUCGUCUCUGCUGCCAAAGUCUUCCAGUGCCUGUGCCUGGACCAGCUGUACCCGCUGAUCGGCUUCUUCGGCAAAGGCUACGGCAAGAACAAUGAACCGGUGCGCGGCUACCUGCUGGCCUAUGCCAUCGCCGUGGCCUUCAUCAUCAUCGCUGAGCUCAACACCAUCGCCCCCAUCAUCUCCAACUUCUUCCUGUGCUCCUACGCCCUCAUCAACUUCAGCUGCUUCCAUGCCUCCAUCACCAACUCGCCUGGGUGGAGACCCUCGUUCCGAUACUACAGCAAGUGGGCAGCGCUGUUUGGGGCAAUCAUCUCUGUGGUCAUCAUGUUCCUUCUCACCUGGUGGGCGGCCCUCAUCGCCAUCGGCGUGGUCCUCUUCCUCCUGCUCUACGUGAUCUACAAGAAGCCAGAGGUGAACUGGGGCUCCUCGGUACAGGCGGGCUCCUACAACCUGGCCCUGAGCUACUCUGUGGGUCUCAACGAGGUGGAGGACCACAUCAAGAACUACCGCCCCCAGUGCCUGGUGCUCACGGGGCCCCCCAACUUCCGCCCGGCCCUGGUGGACUUUGUGGGCACCUUCACCCGGAACCUCAGCCUGAUGAUUUGUGGCCACGUGCUCAUGGGCCCCCGCAAACAGAGGAUGCCUGAGCUCCGGCUCAUCGCCAGUGGGCACACCAAGUGGCUGAACAAGAGGAAGAUCAAGGCCUUCUACUCCGACGUCCUCGCCGAGGACCUCCGCAGCGGUGUCCAGGUUCUCAUGCAGGCUGCAGGUCUCGGGAGGAUGAAGCCCAACAUUCUGGUGGUCGGGUUCAAGAAGAACUGGCAGUCGGCUCACCCAGCCACGGUGGAAGACUACAUUGGCAUCCUGCACGACGCUUUUGAUUUCAACUACGGUGUUUGUGUCAUGAGGAUGCGUGAGGGCCUCAACAUCUCAGAGGUGAUGCAGGCACACAUUAACCCUGUGUUUGAUCCAGCAGAGGACGGCAAGGAAGCCAGGGUCGGCGGAGCCCAGCUGUCUGUCUCCGGCACAGUGGACCCCGAGGCCUUGGUGCAGGAGGAGCAAGCUAGCACAGUCUUCCAGUCGGAGCAGGGCAAGAAGACCAUCGACAUCUACUGGCUGUUCGACGAUGGAGGCCUCACCCUCCUCAUCCCGUAUCUCCUCGGCCGCAAGAAGAGAUGGAGCAAAUGCAGGAUCCGUGUGUUCGUGGGGGGCCAGAUCAACAGGAUGGACCAGGAGAGAAAGGCGAUCAUUUCUCUGCUGAGCAAGUUCCGGUUGGGAUUCCAUGAAGUUCACAUCCUUCCCGACAUCAACCAGAAGCCACAGGCCGAGCAUAUCAAGCGCUUUGAGGACAUGAUUGCACCCUUCCGCCUGAACGAUGGCUUCAAGGACGAGGCCACCGUCACUGAGAUGAGGCGGGACUGCCCCUGGAAGAUCUCGGAUGAGGAGAUUAACAAGAAUAGAAUCAAGUCCCUGCGGCAGGUGAGGCUGAAUGAGAUUCUGCUGGAUUACUCCCGAGAUGCUGCUCUGGUUGUCAUCACCCUGCCCAUAGGGAGGAAGGGGAAGUGCCCGAGCUCGCUGUACAUGGCCUGGCUGGAGACGCUGUCCCAGGACCUCAGACCUCCAGUCAUCCUGAUCCGAGGAAACCAGGAGAACGUGCUCACCUUUUACUGCCAGUAA